UCCGCAGGGCAAACUUUCUGUUUCCCAUCAAAGCCCCGAUGCGCUCCGGUCUGAGCGCGGCCCGCAGGUGAGAGCGGGAUUUAUGUUUGAGUGCCCUGAUGACCGGUGGAGGAGAGAGCGCGGGGGGUUACAUACGCGCCCGGAGUUCAGUCCGUCCCGUUCAGGUCGCGAUACGCGCCUGCUCCGAGGGGAUUUACGAGCCGUCAAACCAGGGCUCUCGCAGCCGCGGCGCAGCGGUGGCCCUUGUGCCGGUGGAGUCCCUGCAGUCUUCUAUAGGUAUAGUGCCAAAGGAAUACAGAAUGUGGACUCACCCUAAAAGCGGUGGUGGUGGUGGUGACGACGAUGAUGAUGAUGAAGAUGAACUGUUUGCAAAUGUAGAGUCAUUACGGAAUCAGCUGAGGAGAACUGAAAGGGAUCUGCAAACUGUAGGGGAAGAACUUUCCAGCACUAGUGCAAGUGAACAUUCUGACUACCUUGAAGAGGCUGUAGACCUUGUUCUGGAAGAUCUUGUUGAACCAAAUUGCAACUAUCAAGGCUCUUCCGAUUGUAAGAAAAAUGCCAGUAAAACAUCUUGUCACGAGAGAGAUUUUCAAACAAAAUCCAAAUCCUACCCAGUAUCUACAACUUCCGAUAAAACUGUGGAACAAGAAAAUAAGCAUCUUAAGGAGAAGCUGAACGCACUUCAUGAACAAAAUGCAUCUUUGACUUCUCAGAACCACUACCUAAAAAAUAAAAUUGAAACAAUCAACUUUGAAUUGAUGCAGUCAAAAACAAGAAUUUCUUAUCUUGAAUCGGCUUUAGGUACACGUUCAGCCAGCAUUCCUAAACUAGAAGAACAGAUUGUAAAUUUGGAAGCAGAAGUUUCAGCUCAAGAUAAAAUUCUGAGAGAUGCAGAAGAUAAACUAGAGCAAAGUCAGAAAAUGAUAGUGGAAAGAGAACAUAUGCUACAAAGAUAUAGAGAGGACUACAAAAAUCUGAAAAUGGAGUUAAUUGAACGAAGCAAGCAAGGAAAGAGAGCAGAACAGCAAAGAAAUGAGGCUUUGUUGAAUGCUGAGGAGCUGACAAAAGCUUUCAAAAAGUAUAAAGAGAGAAUAACUGAAAAAUUGGAAAAGGUUCAAGCUGAAGAAGUAGUCUUGGAAAAAUAUUUAAAUAAUUGUGAAAAGGAAAAAGAGAAGUUGAAUGAGAAGUGUGUCAGCUAUAGAAAAGACUUAGAAAUCCUGGAAGAGCAGCUAAGGCAAUCAAGGGAAGAGAAUCAUAGCACAAAAGAAGAAAUUAAGAAUCUAGAGGCAAAGAAUGCUGAAACAGUAUCACUGCUGACUCAGUCUAACCAGAAGAUCCUAAAGCUUGAGAGAGAUCUUAGUGACAAAGAAAUAGUACUUAAAGAAAAAAAUGCUUUAAUAAGUGAAAAUGCAGAGCUGAAAGCACUUACAGCACAGCAACAUGACCGCCUGAAGUUAUGUCAUCAAGAAAUAGAGGAUUCAAGGAAAGAGCUCAGCACACUAGAAACCAUUAUUUCCCAGUUGUCUCUUAGUACAUCUGAGGAGUUUAAAUGGCACCACUUGAAACAUCAGCUGCCCAGUUCUUCCACAAAAGAAGCGCUUUCAGACUCUUGUGAAUCAAAUAAAUCUUUCAUUGCAGACCUGAGACUGAAAUUGGCAGUGAAAGAAGCAGAAAUUCAAAAACUUCGCACAAACUUAACUGUAUGCAAGAUAGCUGAGCAUCUUUCUAAUGAUAAUGAAGGACAAGAAAGUAGCAGAUUAUGUGUCAUGGAAAGAGAGCCUGUCAAAUUGACUGGAAAUCAAGCAGAGAGGAGAAAAUGUCAACAGUUGGAACUUAUCAGCAAACAAUUUGAAAAGGAGAGACAAAGAUUCAAGAAAGAGAUAGAAGAGUUACAUACUGAACUGACAAAAGUGAAUCAUGAGAACUCUACUUUGAAGACCAGCAUGGCUCAGAGAGCCAGUCAGUUUCAAAUCAUACAAGAAGAACUGCUGGAGAAGGCUUCAAAAACUAGUAACUUAGAGCGAGAAGUAGCAAAGAAAUCUUCUCAACUUUCUGCACUUGAGAAACAGUUGGAAGAAAAGACUGUUGCUUAUUCUUUAGCUGCAGCAAGAAAUACUGAGUUGGAAAAGGAAGUCAUGGAAAAGAACAGCCACAUUCAUAAGUUGGAAGGAACCAUCAGUGAAGAACAUGAGCAAAUAGCUUUAGCUUUUGAAAAAGCAAAGUUGAUUCAGCUUGAGCAGCACAAAGAGAUGGAGAAACAGAUUGAACUACUUCAGACACAGCUUGAUAAGAAACACCAACAAUUCAUUGAACAAGAGAAAACAAUCUCUAUUUUACAGCAAGAUGUUAUAUGUAAACAACAACGCAUUGAGUCAUUGGAUGGGCUACUGAUAGAAAGCAGAGAGGAAAUGGAAAAACAAAAUGUCAAGAAAGAUGAAGGAUUGAAGAUACUGCAAAAUCAGUUAACUGAAGAAACAAUCAAAGUGAGACAACUUCAGUCAGCGCUGGACAUAUGUAAGGAAGAACUUGCACUGUAUUUGAGUCAAUUAGAAGAAAACAAGGAGAUAUUUGAAAAUCAGCUUAAAAAGAAAUCUGAAGAGGUUUGUUGGUUACAAAAAGAAAUAAAACUAAAAAGUCAAAAUCUUCAGGACACCAGUGAACAAAAUGUUCUCCUACAACAAACUUUGCAUCACCAGCAGCAAAUGUUACAGCAAGAAACUAUUAGAAAUGGGGAGCUGGAAGAUAAUCAAUUUAAACUUGAAAAACAGGUAUCUAACUUGGAACAAGAGCUUCAGAAGCAGAAAGCAUAUGCAGAAGAUGAAUUGAGAAAGGCAGAGGGGAAACUCUGUCUAGCUUCUCAGGAAGCAGAUUUAAAAAGACGAAAGGUGACUGAACUUACUAGCACAAUCAGGGAGAUUAAAUUGGAGAUGGAUCAGUGCAAGGCUGAACUUAUUCGUGUGGAAAAAGAAGUAGUGCAAUUAAAACAAGAUGGUGAAGACAAAACAGUGCAGAUAAAUCAACUGGAUGUUAUUUUGGAAGAAACACGAUCAGAACUCAGUAAAAAGGCAAAUGAGGUGAAUGAAUUAGAAGAUAAGCUGCUUCAAAGUGAGACUUGCCAUAGGGAAGCCUUACAGAAAAUAGUAGAACUAGAAUCUUCAUUACAGAGUGCCCAUGGAGAACUAAAAAACACUUUAAGACAGCUUCAGGAACUGCGAGAUGCAUUACAGAAGGCACAGUCCUCUCUGGAGGAGAAGCGUAUUGCUAUUAAGGAUCUAACAGCUGAGCUCAGGUACUGCAAGGGAGAAAUGGAAGACAAAAAGCAAGAACUCCUCGACAUGGAGCAAGCACUGAAAGAAAGGAAUUGGGAACUGAAACAAAGAGCAGCUCAGAUUACACAAUUGGAUAUGACAGUUCGUGAACAUCGGGGAGAAAUGGAACAACAAAUAAUUCGAUUAGAAGGCAAUUUAGAGAAAUCAGAGUUAGAAAUUAAGGAACGCAAUAAGCAGAUUGAGAGCUUAGAUAGCAAACUCCAGCAUUCUAAAGAUGAGCUUCGUGAAAAAGAAUUUGAACUGCUCCAGAGAGAUCAAGAAAUAAAUCAGCUGAAGAAAAAAAUUGAAAAGAACCAACAAAGGCUAGCAACUUUUGAAAAGAUGGUGAAAGAUCAGGAGAGUUGCAUUGGAGACCAAUACAAGGAAGCAUUAGAUUUGGGUCAGCAAUUGAGGCUGGAACGAGAACAGCUGCAGCAUACUCACUCAGAACUGCUGGAGACUCGUCGAUUACUAGUUCAGGCUCAAAGAGAAGCAGACAGGCUGUCACAUGAAUUGGAAGAAGUAAACCAUCUGUCUCGAGAAAAGGAAUCUCGUGCAAAUCGUUUGGCAGAAGAACUUGGUGCUGCCCAAGCUCGUGAAGCUCAACUAGAAGCACGAAUGCAAUCUGAGAUAAGAAAGCUUUCUACAGAAUUAGAUUUGUUAAAAGAUGCUUGUCAGCUAGAGAUUGCUCAUCAGAAAGACCAAGCAAAAUGGCAGAUAUCAACAGAAUACCAAAAAGCUGGUUCUUACCAUCUCAGUGGACAGUUGCAACAAGUAAAGAGAGAGUUAGAAGAGGCUCAAGAAACUGUCAGUAAUCUGCAGCAACAAUUUCAGGUCAGAGAUGAAAUGGUUCGUGCUGCAAGUGAAGGGUUGCUUAACAAGGGGCAAGAAUUGUGAAGGAAGGAGCGUUUCCUACUGGACAUGCAGUAGCCCACAAAAGCUAUUGCUGGCAAUGCAGCACUGCAUUCAAAGAGGAAAUUUUAAUAUAGGAGAGUUGUAAAUAAUGAAUGUAUUUGUAUUGACACUAAUGCCAACCUUUUUUAUUUUUUUGAAAUAUUUUUGAGAUUAUUGCCUUGAUAUAAUCACUUAUUAUUUUGGUUUUUGUGAAAUAAAGUUUAUUUUUAAGUAUCUUAACUUGUAGGAAUGAAUUUCAACUGUCAUCUUUUUACUAGGAUUUUAGUCUAUGUGUUUGUGUUCCCCGUCUGACUUCUAAUUAAGAGCACAAUGUUAUUAUCUUAUUUACAGUUUUUGUUCUGGAAUAUUUUCACUUUUUUGUCACAUUUGAUGUGCAGAAACAAUUUCCUAUUGAAACUAACAUGUUUGUAAGAUGUUCUAGGAUGCUGAUUUGAUCAAGAUCAUGUGUGGAUGCUCUGGCAAAACCACCUUACUUCACUUCAACUAUGUUUUUUUUUUUUGUUUUGUUUUGUAUUUUUUUAACAUUUGAAAGAAAAAAGGUGCAGGACAGGUACGUAAAGGUUGAAGUUGUUUUUUUCUAGAAGAAUCCAUAUAAAAGCUACUUUGAGAAAGGUGGCAUCAUAACUAUGCAUUCCAAAACAUCUUUCCAGCUUUCCAAAUGUAUUACACAUUCAGCUAAUACAAACGUUCUGGCUGUGACUCUAGUCGUUAAUAUUUAUAUUUACCAAAGAGUCAGAAACUGCCUAAAUCUGAGUCUGAUUAAUGCAAAUCUGGUUUGCAUGCAUUACGCCAUGCUAUACAUAACUUAAACAGCUUUGCUAAUCUGAUGACAUAGAGCAAGAGGAACGGAGAUGAAUGUACUGCAAUUUAAGGAGUAAGCCCAAAUUUUGUUUUGUGUAUUGAGGGUAUUUUGGGCAGCAACACUAGCUUUUGUAUUUCUGUAAUUGUGUAGGUGGAAGUAUGCUAAACUCCUCUCUAGCAGGUAAGUCACUUUUACUAGUUAUGCAAAGAGGCUUCCAAGCAAAACUGCUCUAGUUUUAGUAGUUACACAAAACCAGACACAUUUUGCUGCUUUUGACAAGAUCAAGACAGGCACAUCUGAAGUAUGUAUUUCUGCAGUUUUGCAUUAUUUAUUUUGCCACUAUGAAAAUUGUGUUGUAGCAAAAAAUAGUUUCCUUAUAUGUAUGUUUCAAUGUUUCAAGUCAAGCCAUUUGUUUCUCUACAUAAUACUAAAUGAAAAGCUUUAGAAUUAAGUUGACCAGUGUAAUAAUUGUUUUUUUUUUUUCCUUUAAACACAUCAGUUUGCUUUCAGACUAGAAAUCUAUGCACCAAAUUUCAGACUGGUCUUCUAAAGUAAAGGAAUAUUUAAUCCUGUCAAACUAGGAUUUCAUGUGGAGAAUGAAAUCUGUCCUUAAUUAUAGUUGCAUCAUAACACUAGCGGAAUUCCACUAACAUUGUUGCCUUGUUUGCCCCUCCUGAGUGCACUAAAUGUAAAUGUGCAUGAGCAGCAGAAGCAUUUUUGCCUAAAUACUGAAUCAGCUAAAUAGCGUUUGUACUAAAAUUAUUUAUCUGGAUGUUACUUUCUUAAGUAAAGUCAUUUGUCCAUCUUAUUUAUCAAA